ACGCUGCAGAACUUGUUAGAAUCACAGAAGUGGAGGGCAGGAGGAAAGCAGAGUAAUCUCUCCAACUUCUAACCUUUGUGAAUGAUUAAGUCCCGGCUAAAGCCAGUUCGCGAGACUGUACUGUGCAUAUAUGAUUUGUAUCAGGCAUGCAGAAAAAUUUCAAAAGCAUCAAGGCAGGAGUACCCUACUCUUCUACUCGUUCCGUUAUUUAUGUAUUUAUUUAUUUAUUUAUUGUGGUACUGUUAUUGAACUUCUCACACACGGUAGGCAGCGCUUGCCCUUCCCCAACGCUGUCUGCUCAUUCUAAAAUUUGUUUUGUUUGUUUUAUUUCAGUUAGUUGUGGUUUACUUUAAAAGUAAGUGGAGGUCCACUCGGUAAGAAAAUUUACCAAGGAGUUAUUACUUGAAAGACUGAUAAAUCUUUUAUAUAGCUGUGAUGGCAUCUACAAGUGAUACCAAGAUCUGUAAGAACCAGGAUGGACUUCUGGAAAUAAAAAUGGAGGAAGAGUGUACGUAUACCACCAGACAAGAUAGGAGCCUACAAAAGAACACUUAUAACAGAGACGUCUUCCGAAAAUACUUCAGACAGUUUUGCUACCAGGAAACAUCUGGACCCCGGGAGGCUUUGAGCCGACUCCGGGAACUUUGCCGUCAGUGGCUGCGGCCAGACUUGAACAGCAAGGAGCAGAUCCUGGAGCUGCUGGUGCUGGAGCAGUUCCUGACCAUCCUGCCUGAGGAGCUGCAGGCCUGGGUGCAGGAGCAAAACCCUGAGAGUGUGGAGGAGGUAGUGACUGUGCUAGAGGAUUUAGAGAGAGAGCUUGAUGAACUAGGAUACCGGGCCUCCGUCCAAACUGAAGAACAGGAAAUGUUGUUGCAGGAGACGAAGCCUUUAGCAGCAGAGCAGAAACCCAAUGUGUCCCCUCAGUCUGUCAGAGCCAAGCCGGGGUGUGAACUUGCAGACCGUGAAGCCCAGGAGGAGCAAGUUUCAGGCACUGAGACUGGAAAUGAGUCCAGGAAUAUAGCGCUAAAGCAAGGCCUCUGGGAAGGAAUGGAAGCAGAGCAGAGCCCCUCCAGCAGAUUAGCAAAGGAUGCAGUUGAGUGUGAAGAAACUCGUGACCCUGGAGAAGAGUCUUGUGGUGUUUCCCGUGAAGACAGCCAGCCUUUGCGUAAUGAAAACGGUGUAAAUUCUGCUGAGAACUCAGACCACGCUAAACACCAGAGCAUCUGUCCAGGGCGAAAAGUGCAUGGAUGUGAUGAGUGUGGAAAGACUUUCAGUCAGCACUCUCGCCUCAUAGAGCACAAGAGAGUCCACACUGGAGACAGGCCCUACAAAUGUGAAGAAUGUGGGAAAACCUUCCGAUGGAGGACUGUUCUUAUUCGACACAAGGUGGUACACACUGGAGAGAAACCCUACAAAUGUAAUGAAUGUGGCAGGGCUUUUGGCCAGUGGUCAGCUCUUAACCAACAUCAGAGACUUCACUCUGGAGAAAAGCACUACCACUGUAAUGAAUGUGGCAAAGCCUUCUGCCAGAAAGCAGGCCUCUUUCACCAUCUCAAGAGCCACAGAAGAGACAGGCCGUAUCAGUGUCUUCAGUGCAAUAAGAGCUUCAACCGCCGUUCCACACUCUCUCAGCACCAAGGAGUUCACACUGGUGCAAAGCCCUAUGAAUGCAAUGAUUGUGGGAGAGCUUUUGUUUAUAACUCGUCUCUUGCUACCCAUCAGGAAACCCAUCACAAGGAGAAACCCUUCAUUCAAAGUGGUCCUACUCAGCAGCAGAGGAACCACACCAGGGAGAAGCCCUACAGGUGCAGUGUGUGCGGGAAAGCAUUUGUUCAAAAAAUAAGUCUUACAGAACAUGAGCAAAUUCAUACUGGAGAGCGACCGUAUAAAUGUGCUGAGCGGGGGAAGGCCUUUAUUCAGAUGUCAGAACUCACGGAACAUUAGGGAACCCACACUGUGGGAAGGCCCUACAAAUGUGACUGGAGUCAGAACUUAGUAAGCUCCAGAGAAUUCAUAAUAGAAGUGGUUUCUAAAAGUGUAAUGAAUGUGGGGAGUUGUUCACACAGAACUCAACUCUUUUUUUUUUUUUUUUUCUUUUUCGAGACAGGGUUUCUCUGUGUAGUCCUGGCUGUCCUGGAGCUCACUCUGUAGACUAGGCUGGCCUCAAACUCAGAAAUCCACCUGCCUCUGCCUUCCAAGUGCUGGGAUUAAAAGUGUGUGCCACCACUACCCAGCAGAAUUCAACUCUUAACUCAUCAUUAGACUAAUCACAAAAGAGCAAGUACUCUGUGAUGACUACAGGGAAGCCAUCUCACAGUGUAGGCUGGUGAGAAAUACUGUAUUUAUAAUGCUUUGUGGCAACACUUCAGCCUUUGCUGCUAUGAGACCAUAAAUAUUUAAUGAACUCC